AUGCCUUUCUCAUCCCAAAAUGGCUCGCUGUUCGAGCAGAACAGCAAGCAGUUUGACUUUAACGUGGACUUUGAGCAGGUCUUCUUCUCUAUCAUCCCAUCUGCUAUCUUCAUAGUACCCGCAUUAUGGAGGACCGUGUACCUGACUCAGAAACCUGUUGUCGUCAAUGCUUCCAUCUUUCGACUUGUGAAAGUGGGUGCCAUUAUAACAUACGCCCUGCUUCAAUUUGCGCUCGUCAUCCUGGCUGCCGCAGGUCAUUUUCACGCCAGCCCCAUGUUUAUGGCGACUUCAGCCCUCAAACUGUUAGCGGCUGUAGCCAUGCUGCCUCUGAGUGUCUUUGAGCACACUCGAACCGCUCGACCCUCUAUGCUGCUAAUGGGAUUCUUGCUCAUAACACUUCUCCUCGAUGCAGCCCAGUCGAGGACGCUUUACCUGUCAUCAACCCUGUCUACAGAACGCGCCUAUAGCAAUCUCUUUACUACCGCUGUGGCUGUCAAAGUCAUUGUGCUGCUGCUGGAAUCUCAGCAAAAGUCCAGAUGGAUUCACUGGGACAAAAAGGAGCAUAGCCCAGAAGAAACAAGUGGGAUCUUCUCCCUUGGUGUCUUCUUCUGGCUGAACCGCCUGUUCCUAAGCGGAUACAAGAAUGUUCUCGCUAUUAAUGAUUUGUACCCCCUAGAUGGUGCCAUGGAUCCAACAAGACUACACGAGAAAUUCUCUCGACAUCUGGAUGUGACCAAGAUGAAAGGCGAUAAGUAUGGUCUUACCAAGGUCCUUAUGCGCACCCUUAUAGGGCCCCUUCUCCUGCCUAUCAUCCCCCGCUUCGCGCUCUUCGGCUUUACCUUUGCUCAACCACUGUUUAUUGAGGGGCUCCUCAAUUACCUCUCACAUGAUAAGCUCGACUACAACGUUGGCUAUGGUUUCAUUGGCGCCAGCUUUUUUAUCUACUCUGGAGUAGUCGUUAGCUGGGCCUUCCACAGAUACUAUCAUCAUCGUAUGCGGACUAUGCUAAGAUCUAUCCUCGUCACUGAGACGUUCAUCACAGCCACAAAAGCUCGCAUCGGAACCAACGACGACAGUGCCGCGCUAACCCUAAUGAGUACCGAUAUUGAGCGAAUAAGAAUGGGCUUCCGACAACUACAUGAUAUCUGGGCCAGUCUGAUCCAAGUGGCUCUAUGCGCCUGGAUGUUAUACACCCAACUCGGUGUUGUCUUUGUCGCUCCUAUUGGAAUGGUGGUUCUCUGCUUCCUUGGUCUUGUUGUUCUUAUGAAUUUUAUCGGAACAGCGCAGAGGAAAUGGAUGUCCCUAGUCCAGAAGCGCGUUGGUCUAACAGCCACUGUCAUUGCUAGUAUGAAAAACCUUAAGAUAUCCGGUCUUUCUUCGUCCGUUCGCACCUUCGUGCAGAAGCUCCGCGUCGAGGAGCUUACGGCGGGUGUUCAAUACCGUAAGAUCUAUAUUGGGGCAGCCCUACUUGGCUUCAUUCCGCUACUUAUCAGUCCGGCUCUCACGUUUGCUUUCACGCAGAAUCAGCUAGACUCGUCAAAGGUAUUCACAAGUCUCUCCUUCCUGACUCUUAUGACGCAGCCUCUCUCGCAGAUCUUCCAGACUAUUCCAGAAGUCAUCUCUGCCCUAGCUUGCAUUGGCCGAAUCCAGGCCUUUAUAGAGUGUGAAACUCGUGAAGACUUCCGCAAAGUUGCGGCUUCUUUUGAAAAGAGCUCCGAGAAGGACUCGCUCGACCGUGAACCGUUAUCUGAGUUCGAAGCGGUCAUUGAGAAUGGAAGCUUCGGCUGGGAACAGGAUAAAUUUGUCCUGCAAGACAUCAACGCCAAGGUACCAAAAUCGUUACUUACCCUUGUUGUCGGACCUGUUGGCUCGGGAAAAUCGACACUUUGCAAGGCGCUACUCGGCGAAAUCCCUUUCCAUCAAGGCACAGCUACGCUACGUACAAGUCCUUUGUACGUCGGAUUCUGCGACCAGGCUGCGUUUGUGAUGAACGGAACUAUCAAGGAGAACAUCGUAGGCUUCUCUCCAGCAAACGAGGAUAGAUAUUCUCAAGUGAUUGAAGCAACAGCUCUCACCUUUGACUUUAAUACACUACCCCAAGGCGAUGAGACAAACGUGGGUUCCGACGGCAUUUCCCUAUCGGGAGGCCAGAAGCAGCGCAUUUCGCUAGCCCGUGCUCUAUACCUACAAACCCACUUCCUUAUUCUCGACGACGUCUUCAGUGGCUUGGAUGCGGAUACCGAAGAGCAAGUCUUCCGCAAAGUCUUUGGACCAGAAGGACUAUUGAGGCGCCGCCAAACCACAGUCGUCCUCUGCACGCACAGCAUUCGGCACCUGCAGGCGGCAGACUACAUCAUCGCCCUUGGAGACGGCGGCGUUAGCGAGCAAGGCACAUUUGACAGACUAAUGUCUAGUGAUGGCUAUGUCCAUCGUCUAGGGUUGAAAGCCUCGUCUGAAAGCGAGACUGCCUCGGAGAGAUCCAGCAUCAAAGCAAGCGCACGGGAAUCUUCGUCGCCAGUAGAUAAGAUAAAGGUGGCUAAGGCUGCCGUUUCCCCCAAUGCGGAUGCAUCGCGGCAAGUUGGAGAUGGUACCGUUUACAAGCAGUACAUGAAGAGUAUGGGAUGGCUGCUCGCAGGCUCGGCCGUUUUCUUUUCUUGCCUCUGGGGCUUCUUUUUGAACUUUUCCACCAUCUGGCUCACGUACUGGGUUAAAGACGUAAAUUCGCAAAGUCCAAAACAUUCUUCCGCUUACUGGGCCGGAAUCUACGCACUGUUUCAGAUCUGUGCCUUGAUCUCGCUCUUCCUACUUGGCUGCUCCAUCUGGAUCGUCUCGAUUAAACGUGCUGGCGCAAACCUGCAUGAUGACAUUUUGAAGACGCUCUUCCGAGCACCACUUCGCUUCUUCACUGAAACAGACAUUGGUGUCACCACAAACCUAUUUUCGCAAGAUUUGAACCUCAUUGACACAGAGCUGCCAGAUGCUACAGUCAGCACCCUCUUUUCGAUUACCCAAGUCAUUGGACAAAUGGCUGUUAUGCUCACAUCAUCUGCCUACUUGGCAAUCACCUUCCCCUUCCUUGCCGCCCUGCUGUACGUUCUGCAGAAGUUUUACCUACGCACUUCAAGGCAACUUCGAUUGCUCGAUCUGGAAGCCAAGAGCCCACUAUACACGCACUUCCUUGACAUUGUUAGAGGCAUCACAACUUUGCGAGCAUUCGGCUUUAUCCGUGAAGAUGUUAAGAAGAAUGCCCGUCUCCUCACUUCAAGCCAGCGUCCUUCAUAUCUCCUUCUCAUGAUCCAGGAAUGGUUGAACGUCGUUCUCGACGUGGUAGUCAUGCUUUUAGCAGUAGCAUUGACAACGUUUGCUGUGCGCUUCCAUUCAAACUCCGCCUUCGCCGGUGCUGCUCUAUACAGUCUUCUUAGUUUCGGAGAGAACCUCGCUGGCAUUGUUUUGUUUUGGACCAAGCUUGAAACCUCGCUUGGUGCCAUUGCCAGACUCAAGACGUUCAAUGAGACAGUCAAGCCGGAGGAUAGAGAUGAAGAGGACAUCGACGCACCUGAACAAUGGCCUCAGCGCGGCGUUGUGGAACUGAAGGGGGUUUCAGCAAGAUAUUCCGCCGAAGGGCAAAACGACGAGACCACAACAAGCCUUGCUCUCCGCGACAUCCAACUAAACAUCAAUUCCAAGGAAAAAAUUGCUAUCUGCGGCCGCACCGGCAGCGGCAAAUCUAGUCUCGUCGCUCUCCUCCUAAAGCUCCUUGAUCCACUAUCCACCACUGCGGAGAAUGUUAUAAUUGACGACCUGCCGCUCCACCGGCUGAACCGAUCCGUGCUGCGCCAACGAAUCAUUGCAGUUCCUCAAGAAGCUGUCUUCCUACCAGACGGGUCUACGGUCCAGAAUAAUCUCGAUGUCGCCGAGGAGGCCACUGCCGAAGAGUGCAAGGGCGUGCUUGAAUCGGUCGGCUUGUGGGAGUUUGUCGAGAAACGAGGCGGUUUAGAUGCAGGAAUGAACGCCUCAAGCUUCAGUGCUGGACAAAGGCAGCUGCUCUCAUUUGGUAGAGCCCUUCUUAGACGCUCCGUUCGAGAACGCAAGUUUGGGGCCGCUGGGCAGCUAGGCGGCAUCUUGCUUCUGGAUGAAGUUAGCUCUAGCGUGGAUCAGCAGACCGAGCGUAUCAUGCAGGAAACUAUUAGGACCGAGUUCAAGAACUACACUGUCAUUGCGGUCAGCCAUCGGUUAGAUAUGAUUAUGGACUUUGAUAGGGUGGUGGUUAUGGAUACCGGCGAGAUUGUGGAGGUGGGAAAUCCGGCCAUAUUGGCGCAAGAGGCAGGAACUAGGUUUGGUGAUCUUGUAAGAGCAGGAAACAAGUAG